AUGUCGUCCCACGGCGGCGCGGUUACCAUCGACCGCGAUUAUUUCGAUACCCUGGUGCGAAGGGCGCAUUUUAAUACCAAUUCAAAUAAGUCCAAUGGGCACCUCUCUUCUGUGGUCAUAUCGCGGGCCGAGUAUGACGAUCUCAUGUUGAGGGCCAAACACUAUGGGAACCUCAGAAGAAACCUUCUUCGCGGCGGCGUCGGGGAGGAGACGAUCGAUCUUCUCAGUCAGGAUGACGAGACCAUUCAGACAGGGCACAAAGCGUCCCAACCCUACAAUGCAGAACUGAGUGAGGAGGGAGGCGCCCGCCUGGGCUCGUCCACACAGCAAGCCACGCCCGGCGCCUACGACCAGCAGCAGGACACGUCGCACAACAGCCACUACGGUCGGCACCCCGAACGCCCCACAUGGGCGGAUGGCGAGGCGGACGAGGACGAAGUCGACGAGAACGCUGCGAGCGACAUAGACUCCCAUCUCGACAGCCCCCCUGGCGCCAAUGCAAGCAAUGUCAAACUUGAGGGCCAGCGCCCGCAGUUUGAGCGGCAGUGUGCCCGCACUCUCCAGUUCUCGAACCUGGCGGAUGGCACAUCGCAUGCGGAUAUCACCAACGCCGUACGGGGCGGGAUGCUACUGGAUGUCUUUCUGCGGAACCACGAUCGCACUGCUACGGUGUCUUUCCUCAAUUCGGAGGAUGCCAAGAAGUUCUACGACCACGUGCGCCGGCACGAUCUGUACAUCAGAAACAAGAGGGUCGAGGUCAAGUGGAACGAUCGCCAGUUCGUCCUUGCUGGUCACCUCGCCAACAAGAUCGGCAUGGGCGCCAGUCGUAACCUGGUGAUUCAGGGCUACGACAGCAGACAUACCGAGGACGUGAUCCGAGAAGAUCUGGACCAUAUCCACAACCUCGUCGUGGUCAAGGUCGAGUUCAUUGGCGGCAACUGCUACAUUAGUCUCAACUCGGUUCACAACGCCGUUUAUGCGCGCCAGUGCAUGCUGAGUCGGCUGAGGUACAAGGGCAAAAAGAUCAACUACGAUGUCGACGAAUGCGCCCAGCCGUAUCCACAGCCAGCGCUCAAGCCGCGGAAGGAAGCGACUCCGCCCAAGAAGUCGUUUACGGCGGCACCCAACCGCUUUCAUCUUUUGAAUCUCGACGAUGACGAGGAUGAUGAGAUUGCGGCCACUUUGCAGGCCAAAAAGUCAGUAGGCAUUACCGCCUAG